AAUGCAGAAAAACAUAAUUGGUCUGUCGACAAAUUAUAACAAACAAUAUUAUAAUUUAUUACCAAAACGGAAAAUUUUUGAUGUUUUCGCGUUAAAAAUUAUCCAUACAACAUUCUAAUUCAAAUAUUUUACAAAAAUGUAUAAAAAAAAUACGUUACGCGUGAUACGAUAAAAUAUUAAUCUACUUUUUAGCUAUCUUAAAAAUUAGCAUCAUGGAAAUGUUGAAAACUAAAUAUUUUAAAAGGCUAUCAACGAACGAGUAUAGACAUGCAUAAACAUACUAUACACAAUUCUACUGGCGAUGGCCGAUCAAUUUCAUCGUAGCUUGCUCACUUCGUACUAAGGUUAUCAGGAAGGAAAUUUAUUUGUAAUUUUGAAAAAGUUUUGAGAAAGUCAAUUCUGAUUCUAAAGAUAUUGUUUACAAAUUGAUUUAUACAUAUUAAAUAAAAAUAAAAUCUUACAGCCGCGAUCAAUUAAUACACACACACACACACACAUAUAUAUAUAUAUAUAAACACGUACACAUGUAUGUAGAUGUGUGUUCGAUCGAUUUCGUGCAUGCGUAGUAAUAAACAAGUGUAUACGUUUAACAAUCUUGUGCCCACUUUCGAUACGAGGAUUAUAGUAGUGUCUUUCGUAUUUUUUGUUAUGUAUCUACGGUGUCGUUGAUUUUAAGGAGCAAAAUUUUGAAAGGAAAGGAACAGGAAAGAAAAAUGCGUAGAAAAAGUCGAGUGUCUUUCCGUUGUGUCUGUUGUGCUCUAUAGUACAAGUGUAUGUACGUUUGUAUGUAAAAAAAAAAAAAAAAAAGAACAAUUACAUAAUAUACGUAAAGGAAGGGAAUCGAGUGAUAAACCGAGCGCGACAAUGUCGGAAAUGGACUACAUAAUCGUACCUCGAAUACCACGAGGCUUAGCUCCUGCAGUCGAAGGACUGGCGCGAGAAAUUUUGCGUCAAAGACCCCGGAAUAUAUAUGCAUUCGCGGCUGAACAUUUCGCAGAAUUGGUGAAGUUGAGAGACAAAGAACGUACCGGGGAAGUCGUGUCAAAAAUACUGCAGCAUAAGUUGCUGAACAAACGCGACAGUAUCGUUGAUUGGGCGAAAUUGGAUAACGGUAAUAAGAACGAUGUCGAUGUUGCUGAAGUCUGUGAUGAUCAUUUUCAUAUAUUAUUUCAUAAAUACGACAACUCGAUGGAAGAAGCAAUGGUAACGAGGGAAGCGAAGAAAUCAACCAAGACAUGGAGGAUAGGAGAAACGAGAAAAGCAGCGCCGGCGGCAUCGAAGAGAAAAGGAGAAAGGGCAGGUAGCGGUAGUAAAAGUGGUUGGUCUAUAAAUAGGGCGGUUAAAGCAGUCAAACAGCACCGCGAGUACCGUGCAAUGUCAAGCGAUAUUGAACAAAAGUACGAAGAAGAUUGCAAUAAAGGAUUGAUUAAUGGGAAAGAGACGGAGAAAGUAGUUGCCGACUACCCCGAUCACCCCGAUUGCCCCGAUUAUCCAUUUGUUCGAUCUUCGUCCGCCGGAAAUAUAAUGCACGCAAAGCGUGUCAAGAGUCGAGGAGAAGUUGGGGAGAAUGUUGUUGAAAAAUUCUGUACCGUUGCCACUUUGGAUGAUAAAAGUUACAGAAACGAGAAAAAUUUAACGCGUCAGAAAAGUGCCGAUCAAAUUGAAAGAACAUGCAUGUAUUUCAAAGACAUUUGUACGAACGAAGAUGCAGAUGUCAUAGACGUAGAUAUUGCCGAUCGAAAAAGAAGUCGAUCGCUUGUUAACAACGAAGGUAGAAACGAAUGGAAUGUGAGAGAAAAAGCGCGACGACAACACGUGACAACAGAGGGUAGAAUGGCUCGAAACUGGAAAGACGAGUGGAGGAGAUCUGUGAUGGAAGAUCAGCGAAAAGAGCAGGAGAAAUUUCGAGAGAAAUUUGACGAUGCGAGAGAGGAUGACGCGACAUUGAACUUGCAAUUAGAAAAGAGGAAUGACAAAGUACGUUCGAGAGAAGUGAACGAAAUGGGAGAGGCUGUUGUUAAUGACGUCGAAUCACGGCCCGAUUUGUCAAAGAGCAAUACAAUGUUCGACGAUUCGACGAACGAGAUACCCAACGUUGGGACGACUUCAGUGGUUCUUCCAUUGGUUGUUAGACGACAAUCUUCUGGAAAAUGUACGAGGAACAACGUUCGCGAACGUUACGAAUACGAAUCGAACGGGGAGGAUGGCGCAGGUAAUUUCACCUUACCGCCAAUCUCGAGCGACGGUUCAAAGUCGAUGAGGAAAGGGAGCAAUUUACUAGUCGAGUUACCAUCUUUGUCGAAUGACGUGGAUGCUCGGUCGAACGAACAGGCGAUACACCAUCAUCGUCACCAUUGCGAAGAUUCAACAUUCAAUUCGAGUCGGAUUCAGAAGCGUUCGGAUUCAGAGUUGUUUAAACUAGAAGGCGUAACUACCGUCGAAAUUGCAGGAAAUUCCGAUUGCAGUCGGGAAGCAAUUGAAAAAAAAUGCAACGACCAAGACUCGAGAGACGACGUAAACGUGCACGAUAUUGUUUCGCGAAAAUACCCUCGUGAAAGUAAAUCCGUGGAAGGAAGCGAAACUCUUCUUACCACGGGUAACAUAAUUGAGCAAGAUGUCGAUGAAACGCAAAUUCCGCAACAAUCAGGAUGUAUUCAACGACCGCGUUCAAAUUCAUCUGAAGAAGCCGAAGAAAUUCGAGAAACUUGGAAAGAUAGUUUGAGCGUAUCGCCAGAUUCGAUCGAUCUUUCAGAGAAAACAAAUUCGUCGAAACGUCUGGAAAGCGAACGGAAGAAGAACGGAGAGAGAGAGAUAGAGAGAGAGGAGGGAAAUGAAAGACAAGAACGAUAUCCAGAACCAAAUGAACUCGAGAGAAAAUUAAUUGAAAUAGAAACAAUGGAGAAAAGCAUCGAAAACACGUUAGUAUCCUCUCGGACAAUCUCCAAUGAUUUCGACAACGAAUUCGGAGGAUCGGAGCGUUCGAUUGAAUUUUCGACGAGAAAUGUCGAACCAGAUUGCGCACGCAACGAACAGGUCGCAUCGCGCGUAGAUGACGAGUGGACGAAGAAAAACUCAGACAAAAGUCAGAGUGCAACGAGCAACGAAAGUAACGAAGACAACGACGAUAACAUUGAAAUUGAAAAUGACUCGGUUGAAAAUGAAAUGUCGAUUAGAAAACGUUCCGAGUUGUCCGACUCGGACAACUCGGGAACUUUCAUCAACGACCAAGACAGUCGUAACAACGACAGUAGCGACGAUAGUACGAACGUUGGAGAAAUCAAACGUUGCAGCCGGUCUACCAGAGGAAUCGAUGUCUCUUGUUACGUACUUACCGAAGGUUCCCCUUGCGAAAUACCGGAAACUGUGACCACCGUAAUUAUACCGGAUAACGUUUACGAUAACGUUUGUAAAAUCGAGUUGGACGAUAGCACUGGCGGCGCUCUCGACCAAUUUGCAAUUCCAUCCACUUGGAACAGUGAAAUUGAAACAAAGGAGGAGGGGAGGCACGGAGUGGAGCAUUGCCAGGAGCAGAAUCCAUUCGGAGAGUAUAUAGGUCCAGAGACUAUCGUUCACUAUUCAAGCAGCGUUGAUGCUCAUUUUUUACGCGACGUAAAAGAUGCUGCCGAUCGAGUGUCUGCCUAUCAAGAAGAUCUUGCAAAUAUCAAAGAGGAGGAAGAAAACGAAGACGAUCGAUUUUCGAUGGUUGUACAACGAUCGUCCACCGUCGAUCGUCCGCGUCGCGGUCGUAUCGUUGAUGCUUCGGAAAAGUCAGCCGAAUCGAUGAAACGUCAAAAGAGUAUCGAGUGCGAAGCAAAAGUUUCGACGAGUUUCAGUCGAGACCAACAACAAAAUAAGAUGGACGGUAAAGAGGAGACAUCAGCUUGCCUUCUCUCGAAUAUCUCCGAUCCGUCAUCGAAACGCGACUACGCAAAACAUACUGCGAAGAAUGAUAAUUUGACGAAGACUAGAGAGGAAGAGGAAAGGAGAACGUUCGAUGAUCGUUCGAGCGACGUUUCUCUGUCGUUCGAACAAGGUGUCGUUGGACCAACGAUAAACGUACCCGAGUUGAACUUGGAUUCGUUGCAAGACGUAACGAUAUCCUCGACGAUCGGCGAAAGCGAUUCAAAGAAUCUUCUCUCAAACGAAAAUGGCAACGUUAUUUCAUCCGAGGAUGAAAAUAUUUCUCUGUCCUCUUUCGACGCCUUAGCUUCCUCUGGCUUCAACGAGAGGAAACUAAACGACCCGAACGAUGAGACUUUAUCUUUCGAAAACGAUCGAGCAAGACCUUUCAGCGAACCGAUAACUGAAAUGACUAAAACUGGCAACGAGACUGAAAGCUAUUCGGAAUUUCAAAGAACAGAGAAAUUUUCUAACGAAAGGGACGAAAAAGACGAAGGAAACGAAUCUCGUUACGUGGAAGAAGAAAUUGCAAGAGAACUAAUACGAAAUUUUAUCAUCGACAACACCAAAGUAGUUGAAUCGAACGAUUCGAUGAAGUCCUCCUUGUCGCCUAAACCUCGAGCGAACAAUACGAAGCCGAAUCAAGCCGAAGACUUUGUAAUUCAAUUUCACCCAUCUGUGCAAGAUCCAUCGGCGUCGAAAGUAGCGAUCGGAGAGAUUUCUUCUCAUUGUCGAGGAAAGCUCGACAAUGAUACUCGAGCAGACUGUGAAAAGGGAAAAGGAAGAGAGAAAGAUGAAAAGACAAGUGAGGAAGGACGAGAAGCAAGAGAAAACGAGGAAGAAGGAAACGAAGCAAGUAUUAUGUUAUAUUUUUCAUCUUUCCUUUUUCUUUUCUUCUUCGCACCUCCCUCCCCUCCUCUCUCACUUCAAGCCACACGUAUACAAGAUGAAAUGAUGAAAAUGGCAUUUUCGGAAAAGGAGAGAAAGAAAGAAGAAAUUGCACACGGUUUCUCUCGGCACACCGGAGAAUUUCAUGAUUCUUUACCGCUACCUUUCAUCGAAACUUCCAAAUAUAUGCUCGUUCAUCGUUCGAAACCUGCACUUCAAACGACGGAUGAUUGCCUCACGUUUCCAGCCAAUCUCUAUUCAGAAAUUCAAGGAUGUACAGGAAUUUUCAACGUGCCUUCUCUGCAUCGUUAUCACAAGCUUUCUCCAACAGUUGUUGAUAUUUUCGAAAAUUUUCAUUUGCUCGUUAACGCAUCGAACUGGAAUCAAUUAUCUUCAAACACUUCACCUUGCAUCAUUCGCGUCGGACAUGCGUCUGACCAAGUUCAUACGACUGACAAAGCUGGCACGAUUCCAAUCUUCGAGGCAAGUUUCAACUCCGAUCCCGACGAUCUUCGGGAACCAUUGGCGCUCGAUAAUACGCCACGACCUGUCAUUAUCGAAGAAAUUUCGAGUAUCGAUCAAGGAGGAGAGCAAACAACGUUAUUAUCGCUUCAUAAAGCAGAUGCGAAUUUUCCAAGGGAAAUUGUAGGUCUUUGCUCUUCUCCCGAACAACUCUGCCACUCGAACAACGUCGAAGAUAAAGACGUAGAAACAACUUGUGCAUCAACAUCGGUUCGUGAAACGACGAAUCAGCUUAUUGACAACGACAAUUUGCCUACAGGUAUCGGUAUUGGCUCUACUACCCUUCGAGAUAACGUAGAAAAUGUGGAAAAAGAAGAAACAAAUGAGUAAGAAAAAAAUUAUACAAAUUAUAUAGAAAUUAUACGCAAAAUAUAUUACGUACGUACGUACAUAUGUACGUAUAUUAGUAACAUAUAUUUAUAAAUAAAUUGCACGCUAAAUUGUAGGGAAUAAAUUGUGCCUAAUUUGUAGAAAAGGAAUAGUUGACCAAUCAAGAAGUAACUAAGCAAAUAAAUGAAUAACUUACUCGUAUCUAGAUAGUAUAGUAGACUCUCUGCUAGUCACGGUACUAUAUAUAUAUAUAUAUAUACACACAUACACACACUUACUUACUUACCUACAUGCUUAUUUAUUUACGUCAGUAAUUCUCAUCGAGAAUUUGCACGCAAACGAUUUUAGCUCCAUCUCAAACGAAAUUACGUUGUUUCGUUUUCAACUAAUUUACACAUAUUGGAAAUUUAUUUAAAACGAAUUUCAACUGAUACGCGUGUGGUACUACUACUACUACUACUACUACUACUACUACUACUACUACUACUACUACUACUACUACUACUAUUUACACAAUACAAUUCGUACGUUUCUCUUUUUCAAAAGUAUAGCUACCAAAGAGAACGUAGAAUAGAAUAGAAUUGAUCUUUAAACGAGAAAUUUCAAGGCUAGCGAGACUAAAUUUGUUUAAAAUUAAAUCUUGAGAGUGAGCGAUAUGCGUAGAACGAGCGUGGAUCCUUAAGUGUCGAGCGACAAUCGAAAUAGCAUCAGCGAGUGUCAACGAUGUUGGCAACGAUAUCGACGCUACAAGUGCAUGGACGUGAAGAAAGGACAAGAGGAGAAAGGGGAGAAGAAGGCACAUAGCCGCUCAUUUAACAGUCGAUAUAUCUAUUAUCGUUUCGUCACAAAAGAUGAUCUAGGUUGUCAAGCGAAAUCCUUGUUUCCUGUCCUAAUUAUCCAUCGUGUCGUGAAUGCUCUUCUAGACACGUCUUCUCCUGUUUGCGAGGAUUCUCUUGACGAACACAUCUAUUAAUAUGUAAAUUUCUUCAGUUCAGCGUUACGAAAAAUAAAGAUGGUCAUUCAUUGA